AUGGCGGAUGCACCCAAGAAGAUCCUGCUGCUCUCGGACCCGGCCCUGGGCCAGCUGAACGUGCACCUGGCGACGGCACACGCUCUCCUCAACCUCUACCCGUCCCUGCAGGUCCAUGUCGCCGCGCACCCAAGCGCCGCCAAUGUAGUCUCCCGGCUCUCCCAGAGAGCUCUGGAGACGUGCCCGCCGGCGCGCGAGCCAGUCCACUUCCACGCCCUUGAGAAUGCUCAGUCUCAAGAGGAGGCCUAUCUGUUAAUCCCCGGCGCGGAAGUAGCUAGACAUCUGGGGAGGAACACAUGGCGCAACUUCUUGGUAGCCGACAAGCUCUUGAAUCUGAUAAACCCCUGGACGAAAGAGAAGUUUCUCGAGGCACACGACGACAUCGAAAGAGUCAUCACGGAGGUGAGACCGGACGUGAUCGCUGUCGACCCCAUGUUCGCUCCGGCCCUCACCGCUGCGAGGAACAGCGGCAUCAAGUGGCAUCUGCUCAUGCCUCUCUCCAUGAAAGACGUCUAUAUCGGCCCUGACGCGCUGUGGAGGAUCCCAUUGUCCGGUACCGGCUGGCCUUACCCGCUUCCCUGGUACCUCGUGCCGCUCAACAUCCUCAACAGCCUUGCCUUGCACUUGGCACUCGCUCGCGGCGCCGCCUGGAAGGAGAAGAGAGUCUUCUUCCGCGAGAAGACGGGCAAGGAGGCCACCCUGUUCUACAUCGAGCCCGUACAGGAAGGGAUACCCGGGUGGAAGGCGCUGGUGCCGUCGCUACCCGAGUACGAAUACCCUCUCCGAAAGCUAGACUAUCUGAUCCCUUGCGGGCCUAUCCUUCAGCCUGUGCGGGAUCUGAAGGCGCAAGACGCGGAGCUGGAUGGCUGGCUUGCCGAGGGUCCCACUGUCUACAUCAGCCUGGGGUCGCACAGGGUCAUGGACGAGGAGUGGGCGGUGGAGAUGGCCCGCGCGCUGAGGCUGGUGUUUGAUGAAGCUGACAGCAAGGCCGAGGACGAGAGUGAGAAGGAGGGAAAGUCCGAGGUGGGAAAGCUCAGAGUGCUGUGGAAGCUGAGAAAGACGGGCAACCAGUUCUUGAGUGCUGGUAGGGGCGAUGUUGACUACGACACCGGCAAGGGAAGCACAGUGUACGAGAUUUUGGCCAAGGAGAUCGACAGCGGCCGGGUGAGGAUCGUCAACUGGCUCGAUGCAGACCCAAUUUCGGUCCUCGCGUCUGGUCAUGUCGUAUGCGCCGUUCAUCACGGCGGCGCAAACUCGUCGAUCGAGGCUAUCGCGCCUUCCGCCCAUAGCUUUGGUGUUCCUCAUGUCAUUUUGGCUGGCUGGGCGGACUGCUACGACUGGGCAGCCCGGAUACAGUAUCUCGGCAUCGGGCGAUGGGGGAAUCGAAAGGCCAAUCCGGACUGGACGACUAGGGAGCUUGGCAAAGAGCUGAUCGCUGUUGUAUGCGGACCUGAAGCUGCUGGUAUGAAGGAGAAGGCCAGGGCGCUCGCGGACCGGAUCCAGAAGCACCCGCCUGGCAGGGAGGUAGCCGCGAGGACUCUGAUGGAGGGAGUAUAG